UAAGGUAAAACAUUAAAACCUUAAACACCCACACCGACACUGCCACCACCCGCUCCAGACCGAAGAUCACUUACUCCGCCUCUUUCUGCCGCCCACUCUCCGAGUCUCUGUCUGUCUGUCUGUUGUGCUUUGUUUUUGGGAUUAUUAUUUAAAUGCGGGGCGCGAGUGACGAGAGAAUAAAGACGACGACGCCGGAGAUCAGAGAUACGACUGGACGGUAUAGCAGCUAUAGCGGCGCUCGGAUAUCUAUGAGCAGCGCGGCGGAGCGAUAAUUUCUCAUCAUGGCAUUAUCUCCCCGGAAAGAAAACGCGGGCGUGAAAGUAGCGGUGCUAGGCGACGCUGGCGUCGGGAAAACUGCUCUGGUGAUCCAGCUAUGCCUAAACCACUUCCUCGAACGCUACGACCCAACAAUCGAAGACUCAUACCACAAACACAUGAUCAUCAACCACCAGCCCUACUCCCUCGAAGUCCUCGACACCGGCGGUCUCGAAGAAUACUCGCCCCUGCGCGAGCAAUGGAUCCGCGACUGCGAAGCCUUCAUCCUCGUCUACGCCGUCACCUCGCGCGCGUCGUUCUCCAAAAUCGCACCGUUGCUGGCCGCGAUCGAGAGGCAGAAGGGCGAACGCGUGCCCGCGAUCGUGGUGGGGAAUAAAUCGGAUAGCGUGGGGGAGAGGCAGGUGUCCUCGGCCGAGGGAUCGCAGCUCGCGAAACAGAUUGGCUGUGAGUUUUUCGAAUCCUCGGCGAGGAACGAUAUCAACAUCACCCGCGCGUUCACCCAGAUCCUCAAAAUCGCCACACAAACGCGCGCAGCCAAAUCUGCCGCCGCGGCCGCAGCAGCAGCGGGUGGAUCUGGCACCACCAACAACAACAGCAAUGGGAGUAGUAUAAAUCUCGCGCCGAGAGACCUGUCGAAAGUGGUAGGCGGGUCUGCUGUGAGUGCGGGAUCGAAACGGGGCGGCGGGGCUGGCAAGACCGGAAAGUUGAAAAAGAGCAGCGACGAGAAAUGCAUAGUCAUGUGAAAAACUUGAACAGCAUCUGUGUAUGAUAGAAAUUCAAAGUCAUUAAUUAUCACAUUACAAUCAUAGUUUUUGGGUAAUAAUGUUAC